AAAGUGGAUUUAUAUGGGGCUUCCUUGGACCAGUCUGUGCCAUCUUCUCUGUCAACUUAGCUUUCUUUCUGAUGACCCUCUGGAUUUUGAAAAGCAGGCUCUCUCUCCUUAACAGUGAUGUGUCCACCCUCCAGAACACAAGGAUGCUGACUAUUAAAGCUACAGCUCAGCUCUUCAUCUUGGGAUGCACGUGGUGUCUGGGAAUCCUGCAGGUGGGUCCAGCUGCCCACGUCAUGGCCUACUUCUUCACCAUCAUCAACAGCCUGCAGGGCGUCUCCAUCUUCCUGGUGUACUGCCUCCUUAGCCAGCAGGUUCGGGAACAAUAUGGGAAAUGGCUCAAAAGGGUCAGGAAAACCAAAGCUGAUUCUGAGACUUUCACGCUUUCCAGCAGGACUAUGUCUGAUGCAUCCAGACCCUUCAUGGUGAAUUGAAAAGAUCUUUUGAACUAUAUCCUCUUCUCCCAUGGAAAAUCAGGACUGUUAUUCUUUGAGCCAUUAGGAGAAGAUAAAGAAGACUUUGUAGUGUGUUUCCAGAAACCCAUCGUGUCAGCAAUGUGAAUGGAGUCAUGGUGGACAUGCUCACGCUCGAUUCCUGUGAAAUCUAGAACUUUUCUGUGCCCCACAGUCUGCUCAGAAAGCACUCCACACAGAAAAGGCCAGCUGAGGGCCAGUUCUUUGGUAUCUUUGGGUUAAGCCCUUUUCUGAAGCCUCUCCUUCCUACAAACACUCUUCCAGAUGCCAAAAUUCUAUGAGCAGGAACACCAGCCUGAAGGUAUUUUCAAACCAACAACAUCCAAAAGAUCGGGAAUGUUCACACCAUAGUCUGGAUUUUUAAAUAUUUUUUGUUCUGUUUUCUAUGAAUUUAAUUAUUCACUCAUUCAAAAAUAUUGAUUAUUCGCCAUGUCCAAGGCAGAGAUCAGGAGAGAACAGGGCCUCCUUCAUGGACUUGACUCAGUGGCUGAAAGAUUCCUAUAAACCAAGUCCUACAGCUGGACAAUUGAAGUAUGAACUAUUUCACAGACUCCAUCUCCAUUCAUCCUCACACAAAGCUUCAGAUAUAUUGAAAGCUCAGAUCAUGAUGUGUAUAUUUUAGGCUUUGUGGGCCAGUGUAUUAGUCAGGGUUCUCCAGAGAAAUAGAACCAAUAGGAUACACACACACACACACAAACACAUAAAUAUGAAAUAUGAAAAGAAUUAUUAUAAGGCAUUGACUCACUUGAUAAUGCAGGCUGAGAAGUCCCACAGUCUGCCACUGGCCAUCUUGGAACCCAGGAAAGCCGGUGGUGUAGUUUGAAGGCCUAAGAACCAGGGAGCCGUAGAUUAACAUCUGGCCUGAAAGCCUGAGAGCCAGGAGCACCAAGGGCAGGAAACUGAUGCCCCAGCUCCAGCACUCAGCCUGAGUCAAUUCGACUUCCUCCAUCUUUUAUUCUAUGCAGACCCUCAGUGGUUCGGGUGAUGCCCAUCCUCACGGGAGAAGGCCAUCUGCAUCACACAGGCCAUGGACUCAAACGCUACUCUCCUCUGGAAACACCUCACAGAUACACCCUGAAAUCACACUAAACCAGCCAUCUGGGCGUCCUGCGCCCCAGGGAGGACACAAAAAUUAACCAUCACAGCCAGAUAGCUACAGCAACAACUCAACUCUGCCACUGUAGCAUGAAAACGGCUAUAGACACUCAAAAUUGAAUGCUCAUGGCUGUGUUCUAAUAAAACUACACAUGGAGAGCAAAUUUGAAUUCUAUGCACUGUUCAUGUGACAAGAUAUAUCAUUCUUCUUUUGACUUUUCUCAGCAAUGUAAAAAUGUAAAGACUAUUCUUAGUUUGUGGGCUGCACAGAAACAGGCAGUGAGGCAAAUUUAACCCGUGAGUUGCUGCAGACUCCCAUCCUAGGAAAUUCAUCAGAGCUCCUCGUACACCAA